AUGAUGUUCGACACCUUCUCCCCCAUCACCCCACCCAGCGAGGCUGCACCCAACGCCGUCCUGGCCUCGGCACAAACCGUUCUUCGAGCACAGGCUGCCACUAUAGCCCACAUCACCGACCUCUACGAUACAGACCCCGAGGUGCAACAGCAGUUCGCCAAGGGCAUCCAAUACCUGCACAAUGCCGUGGUGGGCGGAAACAAGGUAGUCCUGACGGGAAUGGGCAAGAGCCACAAGAUCGCAUGCAAGCUCUCGGCCACCAUGAACUCGUUGGGCAUGCAUGCCACUCCCUUGCACCCUACAGAGGCCCUUCAUGGUGACCUGGGCAUUGUCAAGCCCGGAGACGUGGUGGUGAUGAUCACCGCCUCAGGAAACACCCCCGAGCUCAAACAGCUACUGCCGCACCUCGACGCUACACUGCUGACUCUCACCUGUGAGCCCAACUCGUCUCUAGGCCACCUGUCACAUGCCGUCUUCGCCUGUCCCGUUCCGGAUUCCCACAAGGAAAAGAACAUUUACGGAAUGGCCGCACCCACAACUUCGACUACGGCAUGUCUUGUGGUCGGAGACUCCAUUUGCAUCGCUCUUUGUGAGUCUCUCCAGCUGGACAAGGCCGAGCGAAACCGAACCUUUGGCCGUAACCACCCCGGAGGAGUUAUUGGAGAGGCUUUCAAAAACGAGCUCCCUCCCGUGCAGUCCGUCUGCUCCUACUCCACCAGCUCACACAACGAAAUGUUACUGCUGAGAACCACCAGCGGCAACCAGUGGGUCGUGGUCGACAACACCUGGCUCGUGCCUACCCGCAACAUUCUGGGAUUGAUUGAUGCAGGUUUCACAGACCAGAUGGAAACGCAGAUCCGGCUCGAAGAGCUCGAAAAGGUGGACCAGAGCCGUCUGGCAGGAGUCCCUCCCGGUCAGCGGGUCGUGGUAGUCAAGGAGGACGAAAUCGUUGGUGUUUACGAGAGGUAA